AUGGAUUACGUUAGAAAGGCAAUAUGGGGACCUGAUCCCAAGGAGCAAAAUCGUAAGAUCAAGAUGACAUUGAGAAGAAAUGGUAGAAGUAUAGAUAAGUCACUUCGAGAUCUAUCGAUCCUACAAACAAAGACACAACAAUUAAUUAAGAAAUCUGCCAAGAAAAAUGAUGUUAAAACUGUUAAGCUUUAUGCUCGAGAGUUGUACCAAAUUAAUAAACAGUACGAUAGGAUGUAUACAUCCAAGGCACAACUAGAUUCUGUGGGAAUGAAAAUCGAAGAAGCAUUUAGAAUGAGGAUCUUAUCUAAUCAAAUGGCCGAUAGUGCAGGUUUAAUGAGAGAAGUUAAUUCGUUGGUUAAAUUACCGCAAUUACAAAGUACAAUGGUUGAAUUAGAGAAAGAAUUGAUGAAGGCAGGUAUAAUAAGUGAAAUGGUUGAUGAUACAACGGAGGUUGUACAACAAGAAGGUGAUGGAGAGAUGGAUGAAGAAAUCGAUGAAGAAGUUAAUAAAAUCGUGGAACAAUAUACAAGUAAUAAGUUUGAUAAAGUGGAUAAUGCACCCCAAACAGAAUUACCAACAACAACGGAUUCUACUAAACAAGAAGAACAAGAACGAGAAAUACCUGAAAAUCAAAUUGACGAAGAGGCUGAUAACAUGCUAAAUGAUAUGAAGGAAAGGUUGAGGGCAUUGCAAAAUUGA